AUGAUGGCGACAGUGUGCCGCGUUGUGUGUGUGUUGGCCGCUGCUCUGUGCUGCACGGCCUUGUGCGUGGCUGCUGCUGCUGAAGAUACUUUCGCUGGGCCCCUCACAGGUGGUGCGGCUGCUGAGAAGUCUGUAGCGAGUGCUGCUGGUAUCAAGGCAAGGAUUACUUUGAAGGAGGCGGAGGUUCAAAAAGCAAUGGGCACUUUAGAGGCUGCAAAGAAAAUGGAGGAGGCCACCAACGAUGCUGUUGUUCCGCUGGAGAAAGCGAAGGAGGCAGCAAAAAUGGCCGAGCAGAUCGUGGAAGCUAUCAAGGUGAAUGUUAUUGCCGUAAGUAAGCAUGGGGCAAGUGUUUUUUCUGUAGCUUCAAAGGUAUCUAAGGCAGCAAGUGCGCUUAAAAAACCAUCGUCGUCGAAGAUAGUGGCCACUAAGGUGACAAAGGAGCAAAAGAUAGCUGAUGCCAAAGAGGCAACGAAGAAACUCCCAGAAUUAUUGACGAGCGUUGCACAAACCGUUUCGGAUGCCCAGAGUCUGCUGCAGAAGGUGAAGGACGCAAAUGCUAAAAGAGACGAGGCGCUGCAGCACGUCGGUUGGGUCGAGGCGAAUUCAACGUCCGAGGAGGCCCACAUUGUCAUAAUGGUGAGUGACGCAAAGGCAGCAGUGGUGGCUGCAAGUACUGCGGUGGACGCAUCUCUCGCUAAUGCGGAGUGGGGAUAUAGUGUCGCCCUGAUACUUCAGAAUGCUGCAAACGAAACAGACGUGGCAGCGAAGGAGGUGAUGGCCGUAAUAAACGAUAAUACUGUUGAACCAACAGAGGCGGAAAAUACAAAGCUAAAGACUGCUUGGGAAAGUGUAACAAAGAUUCCAAAUCGUGUCACACCGGCGAUGAGGGCGUCCAAAGAUGUUGUUAAGGAUGACCGCGAAGAAGCAGCAAAUAAAAUCAAAAAUGCGCUGUCUUCUAUUGACGCUAAAUUGGAAGCCGCUGCCGCUGCACUGCAGUCAAUUGUGUCGUCCAGAUUAACCGCUGAAUCUGCGCUGCAGAAUGCCCGGCAGGAGCUCCAACAACUCCAGGAAGAGGCACAUCAGCUGGAGCAACGGGAGAAAAAAGAGCCGAAGAAAGAGGACGAAGAACUCAGCCCUUCAAAGCAAUUUGAAUCCGCCACCACUACCACUUCUGAUCCUUCGCUCAACAAAGACGUUGCAGACGGCGAGAAGCUUCUUGCCCAACAUGCCGACAGUACCAGCAGCAAGGUUGCGCGGUUAGGUGCUCCACUGCUGCUGCUGCUGCUGGCCUGUGUGGCUCUGUGGUAA